CGUGGCUUUUUUUUUCAGCCACUGUUGAAUUAUCAGGUGUCCAUAGAAGUGGAAGUGGCUGUACUUGUGUCAUCACUCAAACUCACAAUGGCAGGAAGGUGGAGUUUGAAGGCUAAUGAGAGGAGCAAGCUGUGUGGAAUAGCCCACGUCUACAACAAGUGGAGAUCUUCAGAGGGAGAGAGGGAGCUUUUAGACUGGAAUCCCAGGAAAACACAGAGUCGAAGAAAAUGUAAUUGCUGGAUGAAAAGCAGACUGUGCUGAUCUAAAAACCCUGAAUGUUUUUAACAUUUAUUUUUGACUAGGUUCACACUUUUGAAAACGCCAAGAUUUUGCUGCAUCCUCUGUUUGAGUUGCAUUUUAAUUUAAGGUUGGAGACUUCCAGGACCAGUUGCGCUGUACUUGAUAAGAACCCAAGCCUGUGGCCGCGCAAAUUGUGCUAUUGCUGCUCAUUAUGGCAAAGUGGUUCAAGGAUUUCCAGCUGAGCUUGAAGACCCGACCAAAGCCAGAGGGCAUGGGUGCAACCCGGACCAGAACAGAUGGUGAGGGAACAAAUAGGAACCGGCGUGCCACUCAAGGUGAGGUGAACCCUCGGGGAGCUGGAAGAGAGGCAAAAGGGGCUGUAGAGAGAGGACACAAUGAGUCAGAGCUGGGAAAACUCGGAAAAGCACCAAAUGCCGGGAUGCAGGGAAAAUCUGUGGGGACUCAAGGAAAGACAGGCAGCAGCACACUAAUACGAGGGAAAACUGAAUCGAAGAAAAAUUUAAUUCAGGGGAAAAAUCCUACAGGACUGAUAAAAAAUGGAUUGACGAUAAAGAAGGAUAAUGGGAAACUGCCCAAAGGAUCUGGGGAAAUUGGAAACAGUAUCCCUGGAAAAAACAGCAAAAAUUCCAACGUUGAUCCUGGGAAUGGUGAAGAAAUUGGAAAACCAGUCAAAACCCCAUCGUUGAAACGGGGACAGAAUCCCAUUAAGUCAGGACAAAGUUUUUCUGGGAAACUUGGCUUGAAUCCAGGGAAAAUUACUGCGAAGAAUCCAGUCAAAACUGAAUUGAAACCUGAACAGAAAGCUGGGAAAACAGAUUCAAAAACUGACAAAGCAGACUCAAAAACAGGGAAAACUGAUGUAAAAAGUGGAAAAGUAGACAUGAAAACCAGGAAGGCAGAUCUGAAAACAGCGAAGCCUGAAGCAAAAACUGGGAAGACGCCUGAUUUGAAAACCAAGAAACCUGACCCAAAGGCUAGCAAAACACCCACUCAAAAUCCUGGAAAAACGGGAUUAAAUCUUGGAAAAAUAACUGGGACGAACGCUGGGAAAAAUGGACUGAAAUCUGGGAAAGCAGGACAAAGUCCAGGGAAGACUGGAUUGAACCUGGGGAAACUAACUGGGACAAAUUCUGGAAAAGCAGGACUAAACCCUGGAAAACUGUCAGGACCCAGCUACAUUUUACCAAAACACAGACUGAUCAAAGUGGAAAAUCAAGAGAAAAAUGGGAAAAACCUUAUGAAUAGGAUUCAGAAUUCAGUGGAGAAUGAAGAAAAUGGAAACGCCAAACAAGACACGGUCAUCAUUGUAGAGGAUUAUGCAGAUCCCUAUGAUGCCAAGAAACGAGAGACAGGACAAAAUGAUGCAGAACGAGUUGGGGAAAAUGAUGGCUACAUGGAACCAUAUGAUGCACAACAGAUGAUCACAGAAAUCCGAAGGCGAGGAUCAAAGGACCCACUCGGGAAGCAGUCCCUGUUGUAUGACAGUCCCUAUGAACCAACGGAAAUGGGGUCAAAGCAGGAGUUAGUUGGGAACUCUGUCCUCGAGAAGACGGGAAACCACAGGCCAAUCGACAGCUGCCUGCCGGAGAAUGAUGAACGCCCCGCAGCAGAGUACGAGCAGCCCUGGGAGUGGAAGACGGAACAGAUUGUGAAAGCACUUGCAGUCCAGUUUGAUUCUGCAGAGAUGUCAUCUCCACCCAAAGAAGAAAACGUCAAACACCACCAUCGGCAACCGAGCUGGACUCAGAAGGUCCUGAGGCAACAGAGCCCAGAGGGCAGCGAAAUGGGAGAGAAGGUGGACCCAAGCAUGCCCUUAGAAAAACAAGUGUGGUAUCAUGGCCCCAUCACCCGGAUAGAAGCAGAGUCUCGUCUGCAGGCCUGCAAGGAGGCCAGUUACCUGGUACGAAACAGCGAGUCAGGAAACAGCAAAUAUUCCCUUGCCUUAAAGACCAGCCAAGGAUGUGUUCACAUCAUUCUGGCCCAGACCAAGGACAAUAAGUAUACACUGAAUCAGAACAGUGCCCUCUUUGACAGUAUUCCAGAGGUGGUGCAUUACUAUUGCAAUGAAAAACUGCCAUUCAAGGAUGCAGAACACAUGACUCUUCUUUAUCCUGUGCACAAUAAACAGCAAUAAUUUGUGCAACUGCCAAUCUGUACAACAGUGUACGUGGCCUCCCAAUCAACACCGAUUGACAAACAAAGAGGACAGAGAGAUAGAGGAAGAUUUGGGAGGAUAGGUUGAAGCCAGAUAUUGCACAAAGCACUUGUCAUAUGCAUGAAAGACAGCUUUCAAACCAACCUACAGGUACGAGAAGAGACAGUGUAGCCACAGGUUGCACACUAUACCUUGGGCCUUCAAACCAGCAGAGGUGUGCAGAGGGAGGACUCCAGGGAUCUGAUCUUUUGAUAAAAUAAUGGAAGAAGAAAUAAUAGAAUCACAAAACUAGCUGGAACCCAGAGAGAACCAGUGCUGACGUAAUGGGACAAAGAUGUUGGAAUCAAAUUAGAAAUGAGGUGGGGGGGGCAUGGUUGGUACAUACUCGCAAUUCAUUCCUAGGACUUGGUUUCAAAUUCGACCCAGAAUGCUAGGACAAAACUCUUCUUGUGUUGACUGAGUGUGGAAUGAAUCUACAGGACCCUGGACCGAAGUCCUUUGUUUUCACUAAAUUUAUCCAAGAGGCAAAGUGGAAAGUGGGGAAAAGGUGCAUUUUGACAAUCGGUUCAGACACGUUGUGUGAAAUGAGUGAAGGGAUCUUAAUGUUUUAACUUGUACUGUACUGGCCUGGGAUUGUUUGAUGGAGACAGUAUAGAAAGUUCUUACUCAAUAUCAAGUACUGCUGCACCGAUCCUGGGAGUGUUAAAUGGAACAAUGUGAAGGGAGUGUUUGACAGGGACAGUGUAGAGGGAGUUUCAAUCUAACCCAGUGCUGUAGCUGUAUUUUGAGUGUCUGAUGAGGGAACAUUAUUUUUAGUUUAAAAGUGUAGGCAGAGCUUUAUUCUGUAUGUAACCCAGUGCUGUACCUGUCCUGGGAGUGUUUGAUUUGAGGUUGGUGGGGGGGGGGGAAACAGUGUGGACGGAUCUUGACUCUACAUGUAACCCAGUGCUGUCCCUACCUUGGAGUAUUUGAUGGAGGAGGGAGAGGGAACACUGUGGUUGGAGCUUAACUUUAUAUGUAAUGCUGUGCUGUACCUGUCCUGGCACGUUUGAUUUGAGGGGGGAGGGGCGCGGGGACCAGUGUGGACAGAUCUUUAUUCUAUAUGUAACCCAGUGCUGUCCCUAUAUUGGGAGAAGGAACACUGUGAUUUGAUUAGAUUCUCUACAGUGUGGAAACAGGCCCUUCGGCCCAACCAGUGCACACCGACCCUCCGAAGAGUA